UGUGUUACAGAUGCCAAUAAAUUAUAAAAAAUGUCUGAAAGCGUCCAGCUGUUUCUUGAUUGAGCCUUCAGCCGCAGAGUGCACAUUUGGUGCCACCUGUGGGUUGUCUUGGCACAAGUCUGCUUCAUGGGAGCUCCUGAACUUUAGUGAUUCUGGGACAGGGACAGGAGGGGUCAUGUGACUGGAGACGCCCACCUUCUUUUCACACUCAGGUGUCUUUAGCUCCAGAGGGAGCGUGACCUAGUGACCACAUUUUGCUGACGGUGGCAUGAAUGCCGAGGGUGUGGACUUACCUCUCUGCUGGCGACGCUGGCCGGGGUGCUGAAACGCACCUGCAUUAUUGAUGAGAGCAGAAACUCUCACUGAUGCUGCGGCUCACCAUUUCUGACAUUGUCAGCCGCGCUGCCUGCCCCGUCUAGCUGGCUUCCUCAAAGGGCUGGCAUGCAGCUCGGGUUCUCUCCCCUUUCUGGACACAAGCAACGUCUGCCAUGAAGUUUUCAGAACACCUGGCGGCUCAUCUCACUCCGGAAUGGAGGAAACAGUACAUCUGCUAUGGGGUAAGGACAGAAGCUUUAUAUGCUAAUGUUGGUGAAGCACCAUCUAUUGAACUCUUUGACCCCACCAUCAUUCAAAGAUACGAUGCUUCUCUCCAGGAGAUGUUCUUCCAAAUGUGUGAGAGGGAGCUGGUCAAGAUCAGCCUCUUCUAUGCAGAGAAGCUAGCUGAGGCACAAAGAAGACUCGCCACGUUGCACUCCGACAUGGACGCCGUCUUUGAGGUUCAGAAGGAGAGACACCUCAAAUCCGGUCAACGGAAAAGAGGCCUGGCACGGCCGCACAGCCAUAUUGCAGAGCGCAAAACGUUGCAGGAUCUCAAGCUGGCCUUCAGCGAGCUCUACCUCAGCCUGGUACUGCUUCAGAAUUACCAGAACCUGAAUUAUACUGGAUUUUGUAAGAUCCUCAGAAAACACGAUAAGACGUUUGACUCGUGUCAGGGGGGCACCUGGCAAGCAGAGAAUGUGGACGUGUCCCCCUUUCACACCGGAAAGAAAACUGAGCAGCUCAUUGCACAAGUCGAGUCCCUGGUCUGUCAGAUGGAGGGAGGAGACCGACAGAAGGCCAUGAAGAGGCUCCGCGUGCCUCCACUAGGGGCAGCACAGCCUGCUCCGGUUUGGACCACCUUCCGGGUUGGAGUCCAUUGUGGUCUUCUGCUGGCCCUGGCUGCUCUCCUAGGCUUUUCAGCCUUCCGGGCAUCGGAGCAGCCACUCACGUGGCCUUUGCUGCGUCUUUAUAGAGGGGGCUUCUUGUUGAUUGAAUUCAUCUUUUUGCUUGGGAUCAACAUCUACGGCUGGAAGAAAGCGGGUGUCAAUCACAUUUUGAUUUUUGAGUUGGACCCACGAGACCACCUGUCUUAUCAGCACAUGUUUGAGCUGGCCGGAGUGCUCGGAGUGAGCUGGUGCAUCAGUCUGCUGGCCUGCCUCCACAGCACCUUCCUGUCCAUUCCCCUGCAGCUCAAUCCACUCUUGUUCUACGGUUUUGCCCUGUUGCUGCUCUUGAACCCGACUCGCACUUGCUAUUACCGCUCUCGCCUCUGGCUGCUUCGCCUCCUGGGCCGGGUGCUCACCGCUCCCUUUCACAAGGUGGGAUUUGCCGAUUUCUGGCUGGCUGACCAGCUCAUCAGUCUCAGCCCUCUCCUUUUGGAUCUGUGGUCUCUCAUCUGCUUCUAUGCCAUUGAAGUGAACUGGCACAGCCUGCAAACCCUGAACGCUCCGCCGACAGAACAACUUGACUGCAGUGGUUACUCACGUGGCAUGACCUGCCUAAUUCAGUGCUUUCCACCCUGGAUCCGCUUUGCCCAGUGUCUACGCCGGUAUCGCGAUACGGGUAGUGUGAUGCCACACCUCUUCAAUGCUGGGAAGUACUCCACGGUCUUUAUCAUGGUGACGUUUGCAGCCAUUUACAACAAUGCCAGGGAGCGUCCUCAGCUGGCAUCUGGAGUGAAAGUGUAUCUCUGCUUGUGGGUGCUGACCACUUGCCUCAGUGCCAUUGCCACCAUCACAUGGGACCUUCGGAUGGACUGGGGCUUAGUUCGUGGGCAGCGUUUGCUGCGAGAGGAGACCGUCUACUCACAUGCAGCCUACUACUACUGUGCCAUGCUGCUGGAUGUGCUGCUGCGGGUCUCCUGGGCGCUCAAUGUCAGCUUUGCCCAGAUGAAACAGUCGGAUACAGCUGGCUUCAUCACAACUGUGUUAGCUCCUCUCGAGGUUUUCAGGAGGUUCAUUUGGAACUUCUUUAGGCUGGAGAACGAACAUCUCAAUAAUUGUGGUCAGUUCCGAGCAGUAAGAGACAUUUCCAUCACUCCACUGACUGCUGAAGGACAGGCUGCACUUGAAAGGCUCAUGGACCAAGAGGACAGGGCCAGGGAGAGCAGGAAGCAGGCGGCUACCAACAGAAAGAGCAACUUCUCAUUUAGACAUCUAAGGUGAGUCACAUGAUGUGCAGUGGAAAUAUUUUAUUUUAUUGGCUGGGUGUGGAGAAUUCAGAACUAAAAACAUUCAACAGCUUAUGCAUCUAUGGAGUAGAGAUAUGACAUUUAACCAAUUCCAUCCAUCAGUCUCACACAAUUAUAAUGCUGAAGAUCUCAGCAUGACUUGAGUUUUUACACACACCU